AGGCGCUUUUCGCUACAAAGCUGAUUAACGGCGUAAUCGGCUACGCUCGUUGUAGACCGCGAGCCAGGACAGAUUUCCAUGACUAAGCGCCUCCCGGGUGAAAAUUCGUAUAAUGGUUAACGGCUAUGUACGAUGAACCCUCAUGGACGACAUAAAGUGGUAAGGCACGUUUUUUUACAUGUUCAUUAACAGCUGACGUUCUUUCCACCGCGAUACAACCUACUGACGGUUUUUUUUUUAAAUUUCAAACAGCAUCUAAUUUAUCAUCUGAGUAAGCACCAGCCGGGAGGCGAUGACUGGCGUAUUAUGCUCUUGGCCCGCGGUAUAUAGCGUGCGCCGGCAGAUAAAUGAUCACAGGUCGAAAAAAAGUACCAGCUAUGUCUAACCCCUGACACUCAAUGAUAAUAAUCAAAACCCUAAGCACAUCGAGGAAGAGUACAGUUCCAAUAACCGAUGCCUUUAAUGCAGGAGCAGGUAGCGCUUAUAUGCAGUUCUAUGUAUUAUGAAGGAUCAUCUCCACUGCGCAUGUCUACAGUUCAUUCAGUCGUGGCCCCAGUCGCACCUCGUCUUUCAGCCAAAGAUAUUGACACUGCGGUUCCGACCGGUCUACACUGCGAGCAGCGCUAACACUUACUAACGAUGCGAGAGGAGGAUGCGUGAUGGUGGCAAAGAGGUGUCAAGACGGUACGGUAGGAUGGUGACCAUCCGGGCGACGCUACUGUCUCUGCUGGUGGUGGCCGCCAGCGGUUGCUAUCUGUUUCCUAGUGACGUAACUAACCCCUGUAUUGGGGUGACGUGCGGCCCAGGCGCCCAAUGCCGGCCAUCGGCUGACGCCCAAUCUUACACCUGCGAGUGCCCAACUUCGUGCCCGAGCUACGGUGACCACGAGGGCUCGCGGCCGCUCUGCGCCAGCGACGCCCACGAUUAUCCGGGCGAAUGUGAGAUGCGAAGGGCCGCCUGCGAAACAAACACAAACAUUACCUUCAAGUAUUACGGCAAAUGUGAUCCUUGCGCUGGCGUGACCUGCCCAGAUCCAGAACUGUGUCAACUCGACGAGAACCGAGCUCCAUCCUGCCGCUGCGCAGAGCCGUGCCCGCUCGAGUUCUCCCCUGUUUGUGCAUCUGACGGCAAGACCUACUCCAACGAGUGCCAAAUGCACAGGGAGUCUUGUCGCGCUAGAAAACAAUUGAGGGUCAUCUUCAAAGGACAAUGUAGUACGGGAGUGAACCCAUGCGCGGAAGUGGAGUGUCGGCACGGUGCCGAGUGCCGCGUGGAGGGCGCCGGCGCUGCGGUCUGCGCGUGUCCGCCGCCGUGUGAGCCCGUGCUGCGUCCCGUGUGCGGUUCUGACGGCACCCAUGACAGCGAGUGUGAGCUGCGCCGCGCGGCCUGCCUUCUCGGGAGAGAACUGCGUGUUCUCCAUGCUGGGCCCUGUGGUUCAAACGGUAUCUGCGCGGGCCGCGUGUGCCCGCACGGCGGCGAGUGCGUCGCCUCCGGCGGGCGCGGCGUGUGCCGCUGCCCGCGCUGCUCCAACGAGUUCGCGCCCGUUUGCGGCUCCGACGGCAUCUCCUACGGCAACCGCUGCAAGCUGCAGCUCGAGGCGUGCCGGCACCGCAGGGAUAUCACCGUACUGUACGACGGACCUUGCAAUGGAUGUGAGAACAAGAAAUGCGAGUUUUAUGCUGUAUGUGAAAGCGAUGGAAUUUCAGAAGCAAGUUGUGUCUGUCCGAAGCACUGCGAGGAAGGAACGGAAACUGAAGAAGUGUGCGGCAAUGAUGAUAAGACCUAUAGCAGCAUAUGCUCGCUGCGUGAUGUAGCUUGCCGUGAAAAGCGGCGACUCCACGUCAAACAUAUGGGCUCUUGCGAGUCAUGCAUCGGCGUGGAGUGCCCAAGCGGCACUUGGUGCGCGCGCGGGCAGUGCGCGUGCUCCAACCCGUGCGCGGACGUGCCGCGCGAACCCGUGUGCUCCAACACGCACAGCACGUUCGUGCACGAGUGCGCGCUGCAGCGCGCCGCGUGCGAGGCGCGCAUGCGCGGCGAGCCGCCGGUGCGCGUCGCGUACUAUGGAGAGUGUGCGGAGGAGGAACACACUACGGCGGGUGUAAACAAAAGCGCUAAAAUCACGGAGAUGGCAAACGAUAUCUCAAACGAAAGAGAGAGAGGAGAGAACGAAAACUCCAGUGAACCAACCGGCACGGCGGUGUGCGCUCGCGUCCAAUGCGCGUAUGAAGCUACUUGCGCGGUUGACUCCAAUGGACAACCAAGAUGCGCGUGUCUAUUCGACUGCGCGGCUGCGGCGGCCGCGGCGGCGACGUCGGCGCCUGUGUGCGCGUCCGACCUGCGCUUGUACCCCACGCUGUGCCACAUGAAGUUAGAGUCGUGCCGCCGGCAGGAGGAGCUGCGCCUGCGGCCGCUGGCGCUGUGUCGCGGGCUAGAGUUCCGACCAUGUGGCGACGAUGAGCCGGUCACGGACGCGGAAGGGCGGCCCGUGGACUGCGGCGGCGGUCCGCAUCGCAAGGACUGCCCUGUCGGCAGCUAUUGCCAUCACACUACUAAAGCAGCCCGCUGCUGCAGAAAGGACAAAACUCUACCCGAGAAAAAAACCUGCCAAGAAUCAUGGCACGGCUGCUGCGCCGACGGGGUGACGGCGGCGCGCGGGCCCGGCGGCAGCGGCUGCCCGGCGCAGUGCGGCUGCCACCGGCUCGGCUCCGUGGCGGAGCAGUGCGACGGCGCCGGCCAGUGCGGCUGCCGGCCCGGCGUCGGCGGCCUCAAGUGCGACCGCUGCCAGCCCGGCUACUGGGGGCUGCCGCGGAUCGGGACCGGACACAUGGGCUGUAUUCCUUGCGGAUGUUCAGCGUUUGGGUCAGUGCGCGAAGACUGCGAACAAAUGACGGGGCGCUGCGUGUGCAAGCCCGGCAUCCAAGGGCAGAAAUGUACCGUGUGCUCCAACCACGAACACGCGCUCGGACCUAAUGGCUGCUUCGAUCCGGAAUCGACGCAACUGCCAGCGACGAGCUGCGAGCACAUGGCGUGCUACUUCGGCGCGUACUGCGUGGUGCGCAGCGGGCUCGCGCAGUGCGAGUGCGGCGGCGGCGACUGCGGCCCCGCCGAGGCGCCCUCAGUCUGCGGUAGCGACGGCCGCACCUACCUCUCCGCUUGCCACCUCCGCACGCACGCCUGUAGGACGCAAGCCGACAUCGUCGUGCAGGCCUUCGGCCCCUGCGCCGACGACGGCCCGCACGUUAGGCGAGAAAUGAACAGUGAUGCACCUUUGCAAACGAAUGAAGUCCAGUCCCGAUGCGUUCCGAAGCCGGCGAUGGUAGUAGAAGAGGUCGAAGACGAAUUGACGAAUGAGAUUGGGGAAUAUUCGAUUUACGAUGAGUUCGAGGACGUAGAGGAAAUAUACAGGAUGCCCCUGUUCGACGGCUAUGCGCGGAUGAUGGCCCGAACGAGGCUGCCCGCGAAACGUUUUGAUAUCUGGGCUGAAGUGUCCGCAGUUUGCGACGAAGGCACGCUCCUCAGCGCGGCCGGACCGAGGGAUAACUUGUGGCUCGGGUUCGGCGAAAACAAAGCUGUGUUACGUUGGAACGCUGGCAGCGGACCGAUGGAGCUGCGUGCCGGGAAAGUGAGAUUUGAUGGGCGGUCGAAGAUUUCUGCUAGGCGGUACAAGAAGGAUGGAAUGUUGCGGUUGGGUAAGGCGACCGCGAGAGGCUCGACGCCGGGCCGGAUGACUUCGCUGGACCUCGACCCGUUCAUCUACAUCGGUCGGCCGCCGGAGAAUAUUACAAAAAGGCUGCCCGGAGCCCCGACGCUGUCCGGGUUCGUGGGCUGCGUGCACCGGCUGCGCGUGAGCGGGCGCGACGUCAUCCCGCCGGCGCGCGGGCUCACGCUGCGCGGGCAGGGGCUGCGCGCCUGCACGCCGCGCAACCUCGCGCAGAUCGAGUGCCUCUAGUCCUCUACUUACGCUAACCAACCUACAAGAUCUCACCCGCGCUUACGUUAUGUGCCAUGAUUGUAUGCGUAUCUUUUGAGGCAGAUGUAAGGUCUACCGUUUAUCUGAGGCGGCUGGUAAGAAGUUAAUAUGGUCAGUUACAGAGUGGUUUAAGGCCUGGCUGCAUGAAGCUGAAUUAUAUUAUGUUAAGGGGACGUCUAUAAAUUACGUAAGGUGUUCAGUGGGGGAUGGUGUCAAGCUAAAAAAAUAUAAAUAUUACUUAGGGUUGGGGGAGGAGGUCUUGGCAAAUAUCCCGUAAUAUACUACUUUCUACCCUGCAAUUACUAACCACUCUGAACAAAAAUAACUAUGUUGUUGUAUUUUUUAAAUAAUGGAUUAAUACAAAUGUUGAAAUAUCUCACGUGAGAUGAGGAGGUCGAGGCAAAUCUCACGAUAUCUCAUCUGAGAGGGAGAGGGGUAAAAAAUCCUCAAAAACACCUCACACCAUUCAUGGACGCCCCCUAAGUGUAAAAAAGUGCGGCAGGUAGCAGAAAUUAAUCGUGUCUUUUUCCAAAGACCAAACCGAAUACCUUUACCAACAGCCUGAUAUAAGUGGUUCCUUAAGCACGAUAGGAUUGCACCCGUCUAGGUUCGAUGUAAACGGACCAUAGGAAAGAUACAUAGGGAAAGUUUUAUAUCUAUAUUAGUUUUAGGGGAUAAAACGUUUAUUAUUGAAAUAUGUAUCAGUUCUGCAUGCAUUUUCUGCUACGGCACGGGAUAAAUCCUGCAUGUUACUCUUUUUUUGUAAAUUAGAGCUAAUUUUACACUAGACACUUCAUAGCUUAUCUAAAUGGCUCAACAAUUAAAGUCCAUGAAUGUACAGUCAACGUCAAAGAUAUGUUUAAAUUUUUCGCCUUAUUACAAAGGAUUAAGGUGCUAAAGUGUAAACGUAUCUUCGACGUCAACUGUACUUAGGUCAUAAGUUCUGUCACAAAGGUUUUGACUGAUAAAAUGUAAUACAAAGCUUCUGAUAAGAAAAGUUUGCCAUGCCAUGCCAAGCUUGUUUUAUACUGAUCAAAACGUAAUAUAACUAGUUUAAAAUUUAGAUCGCGUCUUUGUUUACUCGUUAGACGCGAAUACGCGGCUGGAUUGUGAAAAAUAAUACUUUACUAAAGGGAAUAAAAAUCAGUGUCACAUUAACAAAAUAGGUACAAUUGUUUAUUUGUAUGAACCUACUUUAUAAGAACGUUAUUUUAUAACCAACUAAAUGCUCUCCGACAACUCUGUACUUCAGCUAAUACCCUUCAAACUUAGGGUACUUUUCAGUGACACGCAAAUUACUGCCAUUCAACGAGUAAGUUUGGUAAAACACGUACAGUUGCAAUUUUGGCAGUUCAAUAUACAUUAAGUAUAUAGCUAAAGAAAGAAAAAAGAACUAGCUUUUGUUUUAUGUAAGAUUCAACCAUGUAAAAAAGGAAAUAAAUAAAUAGAGAUCAAAAUCACCUUGUACCGGUCGCAUAUUUUUGCAUGUUUUUUUUAUAAAAAAAUCCGUAUAUUACAUUGAAUUAUGCAAAACUGAGACAGCAAAUUACGUUAAAUUAUAUUGUAAGUAAUUCAGCAUUAAAUAAGCUUUCAUUUCAACCCAUAUAUAUAUAUAUAUAUAUAUAUAUAUAUAUAUAUAUAUAUAUGAAUAAUAAGGGAUCUGUGCCUAUAGCUUUAUUAUCAGUCAAAACCUUUUUUGACAGAACUUAUGACCUGAUUAAAUACUUACAUAAUUAUGAAUGUUUGGUUAAAUUACAUAUUUUAAAAGAUAAUAAAUUAGGGACCGAAACUGUUGUGUAGCUAAUUGUGGUGCCAAAAGCGUUUUACAAAUUGGGAUUUGGCUCAAAAUGGGAUGACUCAUAUCAUCUCAUGUCAUCCCAUAUAUUUAAAACUAACAAUCAUUUGUGAGUUUUAAAAUGUUAUCAUCUUCUAUUUAAAUCCAAAUAUAAUGAAUGACUGUCAAAGCAAUAAAAGAUAGCUAUAAAUUAAUAUCGUAUAUCACUCUUUUAAAUGACUUUUUUCAAUUUACCUAAUUAAAAGUGUGUAUUCUACGUCUACUUACAUUUAUAAUGAGAAAUGUGAUAAAGGUUAUGAAUUCAUGUAAAAUAUCAAAGUGUAUCACUAUUUUCUAUGACAUAUCUAAUACUGUACAUUUUUAAUAAAGUGUCUUGUUAUUUA